UAAAAUGUUUGACAAAAAUGAUGAUAUUUUUAAUGAAAUGUAUGAGGAAUCUGUUUUUUAUAAACAACCUGAAAACAGUAACAGUAUUUCUGUUAGCUCAAGCAAUAAAAUGUCUUCAAUUCCUAAUGACCAACCUCCAAAAAAAAAAGUUAAAUUAAAUAAACACAGAAGUGAUAUGCUAAAAUUAGUUGGGUUUGGAGAUACUUCAAACUAA